AUGUCAGUUAUUCAGCGCACCGCAAAUACAGCAGUGUCUUGGUGCACGCCAUUUUUUAUGCCCUUUUACGACAUUCUCAUCCAUCGCGGGACUGUCCCUCUCGUCUGGCGUUGCUCUACCCGGAACCAUCUUCGCCCUCUCUUCUCCAACAACUUCUCAAAGAGACAUGUUGAUAUUGGCGUUGGAACCGGCUACUUUCCGAGACGAGCAAUCAAGGAUACUGGUCGCAACCCAAAAGACCAGCAUCUAACGUUGGUCGACUUGAGCGAAUAUGCUCUUGCGACAGCAAGACGACGUGUUCUAUCAAAGUAUCCCGAAGCACAGGUUAACUGUUUUCACGCUGACGCAGUCCUUCCACUGCCAGAGUCUCUACAGGGCCAAAAGUUCACGUCCGCCUCACUUUUUCUCGUCAUACAUCACAUGUCGCAGCCAACAGCCAGCAAAGCAAACGCCAUCUCCAAUGUCCAAAGUCUUCUAACCAAAGAUGGUGUUCUGGUUGGUUGCACGGUGCUGGGAAAGCAGUGGGAGAAGACUGGUCAGGGAUACAAGGUGAAGAGUGAGGAACCGCUGGGAAGAGCGGCGGCUUUGUUGCUGGGGUACUGUAACAGAAGACGUGCCUUUGACAAUUGGCAGGAUGAUCCGAAUGUCCUGGUAGAGGCUUUGGAGGCUGGGUUCGAGGAGGUGGAGACGAGUGUUGUGGCUAUGAUGUUUGUGUUCAAGGCCUCCAAGCCGCGUACCAAAGGUCGAGGUGCUGAUCGAGGCUAG